AUGAAUCCUGAACCAAUUACAUAUUCUUCUUUAAUAGUGUUAAAUAUGAGUGCAUUUCCUAAUUUAUCACUAUAUACUAAUGGAUUCAGCUCAUAAAAUUUUAAUUUGAGAUCAUUUCAUUAAUUAAAAGGAGACUUAGAUCAAGAUUAUUAAAAUUGUGUUUUUCGAAUAUUUCCAGUUUUAAAUUAUAGAGCACAUCAUGAUUUAAUAGAAUAAUUCAAAGAUUCUAGUUUUAAAAAAUUUGAAGAAUAAGAAUAAAAAGAAAGAAAGCAAAAAAUUUAAACAACUUUGUUAAAUUUAGAAAAUGAAUUGUCUUCUAACAUAUCUCUAAAUAAUAAAUUAGCAGGAACUCCAUUAGUGUUUAGCUCUUCUAUUUUUCAUUUGGUUCAUGUAUCCUCUUUGAAAUUUCUAGCUUUAGAUGAUAAUAAUUUAGAGGCAAUUCAAUUUAAGUUAAUUGAUUUUCCAAAUGAUAAUACUUUAUUGAAGUUUAAUCCUUGUCUAAAUUUUUAGAAGUUAAGAACUAAUGUAGUUUAUAGUGGUGAUGUUGUUUGUAUAUCAGCAAAUAAAUAAGUUUGUAAUAGAACUGCUAAUUUGUUUAGUGAUUAUUGGGGAUUAAAUUAUUAUGAAUUAAAUGAUGAACCAUAGAAAUAUGAAGAUGAAGUAUGUAGAGCAAAAGUGAUAGCUUCAGUUGAAGAUUCAACUUAAUGGAGAAUUAUGAUAUUUUAAAAUUAAAAAGAGAAUUAAGAAGCAUUAUUUGUUGGUGAUGUGGCAAUAUUCAAUUUGCCAGAAUUGAAUGUAAGAAUUUUAUAAAUCGAUAGUUAUAUUUUAAUGCAAAGAAAACAUAAGAUAUAUAAGAAAAAGUUAAAGAAAUUUUAGAUCGUAAUUCCGUAGAUGAUAUCAGCAAUAUUGUUCAAGAUAAAUUUGUAUUAAUAAAAUAAUAAACAUUAUUUCCAAUUCCUUAAGGUGUUAUUUCUAGAUAAGUUAGUGAAGAAGUUGGUAAAAAUGAAGUUAGAAAUAAUAAAUCAGAUUCUUAAAAUAAUAGUAACAUCUUUGAAAAAUAAAAAUCUAUGUAAUCUCGAUCAUCUUAAAUUAUUUAACCUUCAAAAAAUGUCAAAGAAAUAGAUUAAGCCUUAUAUUCAGAACUUAAAAUAUUAUUUAGUGAUUUUAGUGGUAGUAAAUCAGAAAAAAUUAGAAUCCCCUUUAGUGCUUAUUGGAGAAUAGAAUCUGAGAAUUUUUGUGGAGGAGAAGUCAAAUGGGAGAAAUGUUACAGAAUUAGACAUUUUUAAACAGGUUAAUAUUUGGAUAUUAAUAUAAUGAGAUAAGUUAGACUUACAGAUUAAGUACCAAAAAGUACUUUAUUUUAAUUUGUUCCAAUUAAAUAGAAUUCUAAAUUUGUCAGUAAGGAUUCUUAUUUUCUUAUUAAACAUUUUCAAACUGGAAGUUACAUUUCUAUAAAAAAUGAUCCUGAAUUCCAUAUGAAAGAUGUUAGUACUACUCUUGAUAUAAAUUUAAUUAAUUGUAUGAAAUUCAGAAAAGCUGAUUAUGAGGAUGUAUGGGAAAAAAGAUUUUUAGUGUUUUUGGUACCUAUGUUGAAAGAGGCCAUUUCAUUUUUUGAAAGAGUACAACCUCUUGCAAGUAUAGUAUACAUGAAAAAGAGUGAAGUAUAGGAAAGAAUAGAAUUUUACUAUUUAUUUGAUAAGCUUAAUUCUUUAUUAGAUAUUUUGAAUCAAUUUAUGUACAAUAAAUUAGUCAGCAAUAUUUAAACGACUUAAGAUUUUUCAUUUGUUUCUCAAAAUAGAUAAGAUGUAAUUAGAGAAGAAAAUAUCUUGCCUUUAUUAAUUUGGUUAAUUUGUAAGACAUUUCCAAAUCCAGAUGAAAAGAUUGAAGGAUCUGAAGAACAUCUUAUUAGUGAUUUAUGUGGAGAAGCUUCUUUCAUUCUUAGAGUUUAAACUAUGCUUUAUUAAAAUAUUGAUAAAUCUAAUGAUGUUGAAUAUGAAAGGAAAGUUCAAAAAUUGAAAGAACAUUUAGAAGAAAAUCACAAAAAAAGAAAGAGACUUCUAUAACUUAAAUUAUUUGAAACUAUUAGAAUAGCAUGUCAUAAUAAUUUGUAAAAUUAAGAAAUAAUAAUGAAAUUCUUCAAAUAUUUUGAAAAAUAUAUUACUAUUGAUUAUGUAUGCAAUACUAUAAUACAAUGUAUUACAAAAAACUAUUCAAUUUUAAGUUCAUUAAAUAAAUAAGAAUUACCAAAUGAUAUGAAAUAAACUUAAAAUAUGAGUUUAGAAUAGAAAACUCAAAAAAGUUAAAGCACAAUUUUAUCAAGAUUAGUAGAUAGUCUAUAAAAGAGUGAUUAAUUGUAACCUGAUUUACUUAGAUUUAUAUCUGAAACUUGUGAAGCCAAUGGAGAACCUGUAUUUUCAAAUUAAGAAUUCUUAUUGAAUUAAAUUCAAUCAUUGCAUUAAAAAGUAAAGAAUGAUAUGGGAGAAGAUAAGGUUUUAAUGAAUCUGGAACCAAUAAAAGAUUAAGAUGGAGAUUAUGUAGAGUUUUAUAUUACAUAUAAAACAUCAAAUAAAACAUAUGUGACUAAAAUGCUAAAUGAAUUUCUAAUUGAAUAUAGAUAAUAAAGAGAGUCCGAUCCUAUUUAUGUGUUACAAUACAAUUAUUUAAUUGAGUAGUUGGCAUUCUACUCUAACAUUUGUUUUCAUCGAAAUACAGCAGCCAGAUAAUUAAUUUCUAAAACAUUCACCUAUUCCUUUUUGUUAUCAUAUGCUGAAUAAAAUAAUUAAUCCUCUGGUGAUGCAUAUUAUGUUGAUGAAUAAGUGAGAGCUUACUUCUUUCGAAUGAUAAGAACUUUGUACAUAGACAGAGAACCUUAUACUACUACACCUAAACCUGAGUUAGUCAAAAUCUUGGAAAAUAAAACUACUUAGAAAUAAUUAUUUUUAUUUGAUGAAGCAUCUAGUAAAAAGUAGUUAAAAGGAGAUUUUGAUAUUUAAAAGUUAAAAUUAAAAAUGCUUAAAUUUUUAACCUACUAAUCAGAAAAAUUAGACAAAAACUUAGAUGAAAAUUUGGUAUAUAAUAUGGAGACCUUAGAAAUCAUUAAAAUUUUAGAACUUAUGUUGAAAUUUGAAUUAUUUUGGAAAAAAGAUAAUGAAGAACCUGUAUAAAAGAAAUCUACUCAUAAAAGAGGAACUUCAAUAUUUAAUAAGGUUUAAGAAACUGGAGGUGGUUUGAGAGAAAUUUAUUAAUUAAUUAUAGCUCUUUCUAAAAUACUUGAAUAUGAUCAUUAAUAUUUUAAAUGUCUUGAUAAUGCUAAAAUUAAAAGGAAUUGUUAAAUUGAUAAAGAUAAGGAACAAGGAUUUAUGAAAUUUAAUAUUUCAGGUAUCAGCCAAGUAUUCGAAAAGGAAGAUAAAGAAAAAGAGGAAUAAUCAAUAUAGAAUUAAAACUUUAGAUAAGUUAAAUAAUAAGACACUGAAGUUAUAAAUGAUUCUCUAUUCAAAAAAAUGAAAAAUUUAAGAAAAGUUCUUCAUAGAUAUAAUAAUAAAACCUUUACUUUGAGGGAAAAUAAAGAGGAAGACUUUUAAGUAUUAAUAAAAAUAUAGAUUUGUUAAAUAUUUUCAUAUUUAAUGGAUGUUUCAUAAGAUCAUUGGAUUGAUAGUGCAAUAGAAUUUUAUAAAUCCCACAUAUAAAAUAAAUAAAUGAAUGAAGAAGUCAAUGAGGAAGACUUAAUAAAAUUGUUUCCUCAAGAAAUUUUAAUGUCAGGAGAACAAUGGGUAGAUAAACCUGAAUUAGAAAAAAAGCCUAUUAGAUAAUCAGGCCCUACAUUAAAAAGCUUUGAUGAAGUUCUUAAAAGACCAUUUAUUGAAGUUUUAUUGAUUUCCUUAUAUUUUGCAAGAAAUCCACAAUUAGAAAAUUAAAUAGUAGAAUUAAUAUAAAGAUUUGCAAGAUAAAAAAAAGAGUUUUUGUAACACUUUGAUAACAUAUAAAUAUUAGAUACUAAUGAAUCAUAAUAAUUAUUUAAGGUUUGGGUAAAAAUGAUAGCAUCAUUAAAGAAUAAUGUACAAAGAAGCCAGACAUGGAUUACAGAGAAAAAUAGAAUCAUGGAUUAAACUCUAUAAUGUUUAUGGAAAAUUGAUAGUAUAUUUUAAUAGACUGAAAGUGUUUCAUUAAAAUUAAAACAAUAAAUUUUUGAACAUAUAGGUGGAUAUGAAGUUUUAUUAGAAUUAAUAUAUAAGUCCUUAGUUGUGAUAGAUUAAAAGUCUUUUCAUCCUGAUUUAAUAGCUUUAUUAAAGCAUACUUUAAAUAUUAUGGGUUUAUUUGCAAAGGAUAACGAAAGAAAUGUAUUGACUGUUUAUAGAAAAGUAGUAAAAAAAGUUAUAGAGAACACAAAUUAAAAUAUUGGAUAAAUUAGUUUAUUAUGUUCUUUAUUUGAAAAAAAGCCAACUUUAUAUGGUUAGCUUGGAUAAUAGGAAUAUGAUUAUUUUAUUAUUUUGAUUAAACAACAUGGAAGAUAUCCUGAGUUUUUAUAAUUUUAUUAUGAAAUUUUAGAAGUUACAGAAAUACAUUCUAAAAAAUCUGUAGAUAUGUUUGAAAUUGUUAUUGAAAAACUUACAGAACCAAUCAUAUCAAAUGAAUCAGGUUUAAUUCAUCCAUUAUAUCCAUUUUAAGAUAAUAAUAGACUUUCAAGCUUUUUUGAUUAUUUGCCUAAUAAAACUAAAUAUUGUUAUCUAUUCAUUAAUAUAUUAUCUAAGUGUUUAUCAAAGAAAAUUAAAGCAUCAUUAAUAAAUUAAGCAAUAGAAUUUUUAAAAUUAUAAGAUAUCUUAGAGAAUACAUUGAAAGUGACACAUAGAAUAUUGGAAUGUAUUAAAUAAAAGGAGAAACCUAAUUUUGAAGAUACUCAAUUAUAGAGUGAUUAUUGGAAUAUUAUAAAAUUUAUGAUUUUUCAUAAACCUGAAACUUUAGAUGAUUUAAUGCUCAGAUCAAAUUCUGAUAUUUUAAAUAAGAUUUUAGAAUUUGAACAUCAAGCUAUUAUAUAAAAAGAUUAAUUUGUACCAUCAAAUUUAAAUUAUUUAUUUGAUUCUUUAUUACCAGUAGUAAAUAGAUAUAAUGAGCUUCUUUAAAAUGCUUUAAUGUCUUCAGAAAAAGAUUAGAUUCAAAUAAGCCAAUUUGUUAAUUUUUUUCUAAGUAAUCUCGAUAGAAUGUUUUUCUUGGCACCAUCAGAAUUGACUAAUAAUAAAUAAAGAUUAUAGACAAUUUCAGAUUUAGGAUAAAGUUUUAAUAUUUAAGUACCAAUUAAAUUUAUAUAAUCUGAUCUCAAUAAUAAUGUUUAAGAAGAAAAGACUUCUGAUUUAUAAACCUAAGGCUAAUCUCAAUAAGAUAAUUCAUAAAUAAGUUAAUUUAGAAGAUAAUAUUUUGGAUAAGAAUUUGUUAAGGAUUUAGUCAAAAAGGAAUCUUUAAAAUUAUCCAAUUCUAUUUGGACUAUCUAAAAAAUGUUUAAAGAUGACAAAAGAAAAGAAGCUAAAGAUCUUUUGUUAACAAAUUCUGAUAUAAUAGUUAAGAUUCUAACUUACUUGGAAUUUUGGAGGACCAAUGGAGCUAGUAGAGAAAAUAUUAUAUUUAUUUUAAAGGUGUUAUCAGCCAUCUUAAAAGAUACAGAAAAUGAAUUAUUUGAAAGAUAAGUUUUAUUUAAUAGAAUGAAUGUUACUUAGAUACUAAUAGUAUUAUUGUGUGAAUCAGAACUUGAACCUGUUUAUAUGGGUAAAUUAAUGUCGUUUAUGAUUUUACUUUUAAAAAAUGGUAAUUAACAUGUAUAAAGGACAGCAUAUGAAUAUUUCUUAUCGAAUUCUUAAUGUGAAAAAUUCUUCAAAUAAUUUAAGGAUGUUUUUGAUAUGCAAAUAUUAUCAAUGAGUAGAGCACAUAAACUAAAUGAUUAAGAAAAUAAAUUAGUCUGCAAAGCCUUAAAACUUAUAUAGCUAUUUUGUGAAGGGCAUAAUUAAGAUCUACAAAAUUAUAUGAGAUCACAAUUUAAUUAGAAAAAUUCAUAUGAUUUAGUUUCAUAGAUUAUAUUAUUGCUUUAUACAUUUCAAAUAUCUAAAGGUAAUUAUGAAAGUGUUUUAUAAUGUUUUGAGACAUUAACAGAAUUGAUAUAAGGACCUUGUAAAUAAAAUUAAUAAACUCUAAUAAAAAGCAAUUUAUUGGAAUAUGUAGUUUUAAUAUUAUCAGAAGAUGAGAAAAUCUUUGAGUAAUCUAAUGAAUAUUUUAAAUAUGAUGGAGAGAAAUAGUAUCGUAUAUCUAUUCAUCCUGGUUAAUUGGCAAGACUAAAGUUUAAAUGUUUAAAUUGUUUAGUUUCUUUAUUGGAAUGUUGUGAACCAUAAAAUUCAGAUAUAGCCAGAUUAGUAAGAGUAAUACCUUUAAAUGUAUUAACAAACAAUUUAACAAGGGUAUAUAAAUUAUUUAAAAACUUUGGAGGAACAUAUAAUGAAGAAUUAUUUUAAAGGGCUGAAAUGAAAAUUACAAAUGAAUAACCAGCAUAAUAUUAUGAAUUUAUUAUUGAAAAUGGCUUUUUUAUUUUACUAUUAAUGUAAUAAUUUUUAGACAAUUAAAAAGCUAAAUAAUUAUUAUAUGAAGAUACUGAAAUGAAUGAUGUAUUGAAUGAAUUUUCUGAAAAAAGUAAGGUUGAAGAAAAUGCAAUAGCCAACAUAUUUUCAGGUUUAGAAAAUAUAGCCAAAUUGGGAGGAAACUUUAUAGGAUAGAUUGCUUUAACUUAAAAAUCUGAAGAAGAAUAAAAAUAAGACAAAGUAAUAUAAGAAAAAUUACUAUAAGAAAAAAUUGAAUAAAAAAGAUUAACUAAAGAUGCAAUCAGAUUUUUUAGAUAGAAUACAUGCUCUAUUGAUAUGAUAAGAGAUUAAAAAUUAUAUACUAUUUAUUUUCCUAAAUUACCAAUAUGUAAUUUGCCAAAAUCUGCUAGACUAGAAUUUCAUGAUUCAGUCAAUAGAACCAGCAGUAAAACUAAAUUAACAUAUUUAAUGGAGAGAGCUAAUUUUCUAAUAAAAGUAAUGGUUUAUGAAGAAAAAUUAAAUUAAAUCUUUGCAAAAAAUCCUAUAUUUGCAUUUUUUGCUUCAUAAGGGAAAUUAUGGGAAAAUUUGGCUUUUGUGACUACUUUAGUAAUUAAUUUUAUUGUGCUAUUGAGUUAUUCAUAAGACUUUUAUAAUGAGGGUGAUUAAGGAGUUACAGGAGAUUUAAUAUAUGAAAGACUUCAAGAUCCAAGAAUAUUUGGAUAUAAAUAAUCAACAUGGACUCCUCUUAUGAUUUAAGGAUUAGGAAUAACAAUGCUUGUUUUCAGUUCAUUAAUUGUUUUCUUUUUUUUGGUUAAAAGAGCUCCUCUUAAAGUGGAUCAUAUUUGGGAGGAUUAUCAAAAAUAAAAAAAAUUAAUUAAUACUAUAUUUGAUGUAAGUGUUAGAAGUAUUAAAAGUUUUUUUAUUUUAUUGUAGGAUCCUGAUAUAUUAUAUUAUUGUAUUUAUAUUAUAGCAGGAAUAGUAGGUUUAACAGUUCAUCCUUUUUUCUUUGCAUUUCAUUUAAUGGAUUUUUUAAAAUUAGAAUAAUUAAAAACUGUAUUAGAUGCAAUAUGGGGUCCUAGAGAAGAAAUAGGAUUAGCAUUACUUCUAUUAGCAGUUAUUGAAUAUUAUGUUGGGAUAUUAGGAUUUGUAAUAUUCUUUAAUGAUUAUCCAAUUGUAGAUGGUUUAGGUUGUUAAUUAUAAUCAGAUAAUGAUAAUAUAAAUUGUGAAAGAGGAUGUAGUACAAUGUGGUAAUGUGUUUUUAUGAGUUUCGAUUUAACAUUUAAAUUUACAGGAGCAUUGGGUUCAGGAAUAAAGGAUUAUGAUACAAUUAAUACUUUAACACAAAAUUUUGAUAUGAUUAGUAAUCCAUGGGCUAGAGUUAAUUAAUCAUAGAAUGAAUAUGAUGGAGUAGAUCAUUCAUUUACAUCUAAUUAUGUUAGUCGAUUUAUAUUUGAUAAUGCUGUGAAUAUAGUAUUAGUGAUGAUUAUGUUAAAUAUGAUUUAAGGUAUUAUAGUAGAUACUUUUGGUUCAUUAAGAGAAAAACUUUAAGAAAGAAUAAAAGAUUAAACAAUGAAAUGUUUUAUUUGUGGUAUAACAAGAGAGAAGUUUGAAAAGAAUGAUGAAGGUGGAGGUGUAGGAUUUUAAGAACAUAUAGAAUAAGAACAUUAUAUGUGGAAUUACAUUUAUUAUUAUGCAUAUUUAAAACAUAAGGAUGAAAAUGAUUAUAAUGGGAAUGAAUCUUAUAUAAAGGAAAAAAUUGAUAUGAAAGAUAUUAGUUGGAUGCCUAUAAAACGGUAAUAUAUAUAUUCUAUUAUAUUAGAGCAAGGUUUGCUGAAGAAGAUAUGGAUGAUCAACAAAAAGGGAAUGAAAUUCAAGAAGCAAUUGAAAUUAAAAUGAAGGUUAUGAAUGAUUCACUAGAAAAAAUAUAAGAUAGAAUGAAACACAUUAUUGAUAAUUUCAAUAAUUAACCUAAAAGUAUGAAAGAAACAUUUCAUGAAUGA